GGGGGAUGGUGGGGGUGGGGGGGAUUUGGGCAUUGUUGAUGGAGAGGGGUGUGGUGAUGAUGAGGUGUUCGGUUUAAUGGUUUGCGUGUGAUGAGGGGUGUUUUUGUUGAUGUUGGAGUGUUGUGUUGGUGGUGGAGGUUGAUGGAGGUGUAGUUUUGUUGGCGAUAAGAUAUAUGAUAGGGCUCUUUGUUGGACAGGCUGCGUACAGAUGAGACAAUAUAUCUGUAUUCUUCGCAAUUGAUAGAAUACCAGUGAGAUAUUAUGCCCUCUGGAUGUUGACGGUAAUUCGUUGUUGGCCCCGUAUGUAAAUCGCCAUGUUGUCGUCCACAAUCACGUGCCAACCCUCAAGGGUAUAUAUAGUGUCCUUUACGGCUGCUCUCAUCAAUAAUCUCCUUCCAUCCUAAGAUGGUGGAAUGGUGUAAUGGUAGCACGUGACGUUGUGGUAUAAUGCUCACCCGUUGUAACAUACAAUCCCGUUUCAAUCUGGGUUCGAUUCCCAGUUCCGCCAGGAGAUUGAAAACGUAGGUGGUUUGAUUCCACCACACUUAUUAAUUUUUGGCUUUUUUUUGGCUUUUUUUGUAUUUUCUUUUUGUUCCCAUUAGGGUAUUUAGCCGAGUGACAACCGAGCGGGAACAACUUGACAACACGUGACGAUUCACCUGCUUUUUCCUUCGCCGCGGCAAUUACCCCGCAGCCUCGGGAAUACUGAAUUGGAGUCGGCGCGCCUUAACUGUUAUUUAGAGCUCCUGAGCUUAUUCCGAUGCAUCUCCACCUUUUAUAUCCUUCAUUGACUGCCCUUCAAAUCGUUUAGUACUUUUGCAAUUCUUGAGAUACCAGAUACCCGAGCUGUGACUUCUUUUAAUUCUUCUAUUAAAUACCACGCGUCGUCUCUCUCUCUCACCAAAACCCCUGUUUAUCACAAUCCCCCCAAAAUGUCCAACUCCACAGUCGCUGUUCCCUACGCCGAGCCCCCGUGGUUGAACAGCCUCCCGAGCGCCUACUACAAUGAUUCUCACCGCAAAUGGCAGAAGACGGUGCGCGCAUUCGUCGACCGUGUUAUGCUCCCAUAUGCGGGAGACUGGGAGGCCGCUGGUGAUGCGCCACCAACACUCUACAAAACCUUCGCGGACAACAACAUGUUGAUCCCCAACCUGUCUGCGCCGCUACCGAUUGAGGCGCUCAAGAGCGUUGGCAUCCACGAGCUCCCCGGUGGUCUCAAGGUGGAGGACUACGACUACCUACACACCUCAAUCUACAUCGACGAGCUCGCUCGAUGUGGAACUGGCGGCCCGGCGGGAUCCAUCACUGUUGGAUUCGCCUUCGGUCUCCCCCCCAUCAUCAAGUUCGGCAACAAGCAGCUGCGCGACCGCUUCGUCGCGCCCCUCGUCACCGGCAAGAUCCGCAUCUGUAUCGCCAUCACCGAGCCCGGAGCAGGAUCCGACGUCGCCAACAUCGAGACCACCGCUGUGAAGUCUGCGGACGGAAAGCACUACAUCGUUAACGGUGCCAAGAAGUGGAUCACCAACGGCAUCUUCUCCGACUACGCCUCCAUGGCCGUCCGCACCGGCGGCCCCGGCGCCGCCGGCCUCUCCCUCCUCGUCGUCCCCCUCAAAGCCAAGGGCGUCAACAUGACCCGCAUCCACGUCGGCGGCGGCAAAGCCGCCGGAACCACCUACAUCGACCUCGAUGACGUCAAGGUCCCCGUCGAGAACCUCAUCGGCACAGAGGGCAUGGGCAUGAUCUACAUCAUGCAGAACUUCAACCACGAGCGCCUCACCAUCGCCAUCGCCGUCAACCGCCAAUCCCGCGUCGCCCUCAGCGCUGCAUUCGAGUACUGUCUCAAGCGCGAGGCGUUCGGGAAGUGCCUCAUGGACCAACCUGUCGUUAGGCAUCGCCUUGCCAAGGCCGGCGCUGUACUCGAGAGCCACUACGCUUGGGUUGAGAACAUCGUCUUCCAGAUGACCAAGCUCAGCCAGGCGGAUGCGAACCGCGAGUUGGGUGGACUGACGGCGCUCGCUAAGGCGCAGUCGGGUCUUGUGUUGGAGCAGUGCGCGUCUACGGCUGUGCUGCUGUUUGGGGGGAAUGGAUAUACACAGUCGGGACAGGGAGCGAAUGUUGAGCGCAUCUACAGGGAGAUUCCGGGUAUUAGGAUUCCGGGUGGUUCGGAAGAUGUCCUGCUUGAUCUGUCGGUGAGGCAGAUGGUUAAGAACUUCCAGAAGAAGUUGAAGGAUUUGGAUGCUGCGAAUGCGAAGCUUUGAGUGGGUGGAGUGAGGAGAGCCCUGGGAUAGCGGGUGUUUCUAUGAAGUGUAUGAUCUGGUACAUAUUGUCCUAUUUAGACUUUCUCACAUACAAAAAGAACAUA